AUGGAAACUAAAUCAGGUGUGCCUAUAAUGAUAUUAUUAUCAUCCUCAAAACUGUCAAUAUUAUCGGAAUCGCUUUCAAAAGUUACUUUAUCAGAUAAACUUGCAUCCAUUAAUUCGAAUAUUAUUUGUAUUUUUAUUUCUUCUGCCAAUGCAGAAAAAUUAUACAACAAAAGGAUUUUAGUCAGAGUAGGAAGUUGGGACGUUAAUUCCUACUUUCCCACCGGUCACUGUAUUGACAUUCUCGGAAACGUAGGCGAGCUCGCCGUGGAAACCAAAGCUAUUCUGCACCAGGGCAAUAUUUCUGAAAUUCCAUUUUCCAGUUUAUCUUUAAACGAGUUGCCCAACGAAAAUUACUCAAUUCCAGCUGACGAAUUUGAAAACCGUCUCGACUUACGUUUUAAUAAUGUUUUUUCUAUCGAUCCGCCUUCUUGUGUAGAUAUCGAUGACACGCUUUCAUUGCGUUAUUUACCCAAUGGUAAUUAUCAUGUAGGAGUCCACAUCGCCGAUGUAUCUCACUUUGUUAAACCUAAUUCAUAUUUGGACCGAGAAGCACAAAAACGCUGUACUACAGUGUAUAUGAUCAAUAAACGUAUAGACAUGCUUCCAAAUUUACUCUCUUCAGAUUUGUGCUCGUUGAGAUCAGGACUAGACAGAUUAACGUUUUCAAUAUUCUGGGAAAUCACUCCAGCAGGAGAAAUCGUUUCUACAAACUUUCACAAAAGUAUCAUUCAUAGUGUAGCAGCGCUCGAUUACAAACAAGCACAAGAGCUUAUCGACAAAAACGACGAGUCAGUCAUCGGUGUUCGGUUGCGUGAUUUAAUGAAAAUAUCCAAAAUUUGGCGUAAGGCGCGGCAAAACCGCGGUGCGCUUGAACUGCGAAGCGUUCAACUGGAAUUUGAAUUUGACCAAGAUUCGUAUGCAAGCAUUAAAACCUUCCACAACCACGAGAUCAUGGACACUAACAAUCUCAUUGAAGAAUUCAUGCUUCAAGCUAACAUAAGUGUUUCCCAAAAGCUGUUGGAGUGUUUCCCUCAGUGUACAUUAUUACGUUGUCAUCCUGAUGCUAUUGACAACAGAUUAUUAGAACUGCAAACUUUACUGAAAAAUCUUGGCGUGACGUUUAAGUGCUCCAACAGCAAGGAAUUAACUGAAAGCUUGGACUACAUAACCAAAAAAUGGCCUCACCUCGACCACAUAGUACGUCAAAUAACGGUUUUUUGUAUGAAUCGCGCUAAAUACAUAUCUACAACUUGCGUCAAGGAUCCCACUAAGUACUACCAUUAUGCGCUUGCCACCACUUCUUACACGCAUUUCACUUCUCCUAUUAGACGGUACGCAGAUAUUAUCGUUCACCGCUUACUCGCUGCGGCGCUCCAAAUAGCUUCGCUUCCUCGAACUUUGGCGCAGCAACUCGAAACCAUGACAAAGCGCAUGAAUCAAAAACACGAAGCAGCUAAUGUACACCUUUUCGCCAUGCCAUUUACAUAUUAUUUCAAUACCGUUGCUCAUGAUAAAAAUUUUUAUAAUUAA